UGAGCUGAGCUGUCCCAGAACAUUUCCAACCAACAUGGUCAAGAUCACCUUCUACGAGGAUCGGAACUUCCAGGGUCGUUCCUAUGAGUGCAACUCUGACAAUCCAGACAUCUCUACCUAUCUGAGUCGCUGCAAUUCCAUUAGAGUAGAAAAUGGGAAUUGGAUUCUCUAUGAACAUCCCAAUUACAGAGGAAACCAGUACUUCCUUAGGAAAGGAGAAUAUCCCAACUUUCAACAAUGGAUGGGAUUUAACGACUCCAUAAGAUCUUGUCGUCUUACUCCACAGCAUCGUGGUCCAUUCCAGUUGAGGAUCUAUGAAAGACAAGAUUUCCGAGGUCAGAUGAUGGAGUUCACUGAAGACUGUCCUAAUGUCUAUGAGCAAUUCCGUUACCAUGACAUCCAUUCAUGCCAUGUGCUUGAUGGCCAUUGGGUUUUCUAUGAAGAGCCCAACUACAGAGGACGUCAGUAUUACCUGAGACCAGGAGAGUACAGGAAAUACACUGACUGGGGAGCUAUGAACCCCAGAAUUGGAUCCUUCAAAAGAGUUCAGUAUUAUUAGAGAAAGUACAAACUACAGAUUUGUUUCCUUCAUGAAAUAAAAUGAAAAAUCUUA